CCAGCCCCAGGGGCAGCAAAAUGGCGCGGGAGGACGAGAUGCAGGAGUUCAUCCGUCGCUUCUUCCGAGGCCGCCCGGACCUCAGCACGCUCACGCACUCCAUCGUGCGGCGGAGGUUCUUGGCUCACGCGGGCCGCGACCACCUGGAGCCCGACGAGAAGCAGGCGCUGAAGCGGCUGGUGGAGGAGGAGCUGCUGAAAGUGCAGGUGGAUGAAGUGGGUGCCAGGGAAGAGAGGCCAGAUCUUGCCAAGAAGGCAACGAGGCCGCCCACCCCCAGCAGUGGCCCCGGGAGGAAAAGGUUCCGUUUCAAUUCGGAGUCAGAGCCCAGCUCUGCAGCCUCCAGUCCAGACUGUUUCCGCCCCUCAGCAAAGAAUGGGAUGGUGGCAGACAUCCGUCCAGCUGAGGAGGAGAGUCCAAAGCGAGCCUCAAAGAAAGCCAUUGAGGAGAGCAGUGAUGAGGAAGAGCUGCAAAGGGAACUGGCUGCAAAGACUGGAUCAGAGAAGGUGGCGGCCAAGGAAAGCAGUGAGGAGGAGGAAGAGGGCUCUGCCAGAACAAGUAAGGUCUCCAAGGAAGAGAGCGGUGAGGAAGAGGAGGAAGAGGAGGAGGCGUCUAAAGGCAGGAUUAGGAAGGAAACCGUGACCAGGAGUAAGCAGGCACCAGGCAAAACCUCAGCUGACGGGAAGCGGGCCAGGGACAGUGAGGACAGUGAGGAGGAACCUAUCCAGACGACAAGGAAGAAGGCAGAGGGAAAGAAAGUGGCUAAAAGCCACCAGGAAAGUGAAAAGGACAGUGAGGAGGAGGACACCCUGGCCAGAAAGAAAGACAACAGAGAGGAAGAGGAGGGAAACUGGAAAGCUGGAGCCCGGGGCAAUGGACGGAAAAAGUCAUCUUGGGAGGAGAGGAGCUCUAAGCAGAACAGCAGAACAGCAAGGCUGCCGGGAAACUCGGAGGACAGAGAGGGACAAAAGGAAACAGCAGCAGCGGGCAGCGGGGAUGACAGCGGGGGAGACGACAAGCCCCUGGUGCAGAGCAGGAGAAAGGACAGAGCCUCACGGAAGCAUGGGAAAAGGCAGAGUGGAAGCAGCGAGGAUGGGGGAGAUGGCUGGAAAAAGCUGCCGCCGGCUACUGAAGGCGCUGGAAGGACUGCCAAAGCAGGCAGUAUCUGCGGUGAGGCGAGCGACUCGGGGAGGGAGGUGAGCGACAGUGAGGCAGAGGGUAGCCCCAAGCGGCAGAGGGAGAACCCCUCUUUCAAGAAGGGCUCCAGGAAAGGCAGGACACGAAGCUCCUCCUCCUCUUCCACAGAUGGCAGCCCGGAACCCAAAGGCAGGAAGGCUGGCUCUGGUCGUCGCGGUGAGGACCACCCGGCUGUGAUGAGGCUGAAGCGUUACAUCCGGGCCUGCGGUGCCCACCGCAACUACAAGAAGCUGCUGGGCCCCUGCCGCUCACACAAGGAGCGCCUCAGUGUCCUCCGGGCAGAGCUGGAAGCCCUGGGCAUGAAGGGUAACCCUUCCUUAGAGAAGUGCCGGGCCCUGAAGGAGCAGCGGGAGGAGGCGGCCGAGGUGGCCUCCUUGGACGUCACGAACAUCAUUAGUGGUUCAGGCCGACCACGUAGACGCACGGCUUGGAACCCUUCAAGAGAAGCAGACACCCCAGGGGAGCUAUACUGCCGGACUCUGGGCUCAGAGGAUGAGCAGCCCCGGGCCCCACCCCCAGACUGGUCACACAUGCGCGGCAUCAUCAGCAGUGACGGAGAGAGUAACUGAGCCCCUCCGCUUCCCCGGGGGGCUCUCCACUGGUAGAAAGCAGACACAGCACCCACAACCCCCGUGCCAAUGUGUGUCUGCAGAGCAGAAGCUGCUUUCUUCAAAGAAGACUUUGCACUCCCAGGGACACAAGUUUUGGGGUCCUAUUUCUCAUGUCCUCAGUUUAAGGGGUUUACAGGGGUUUAUUUUUUGACUCAAUAAAGGAGUUGUUUGAAUCACCUCAUCAAAA